AUUAUGAAUAAAAAGAUUUUAGCAGUAUCUUUAGACGCAGUCAAGGUAUUUACAGACAGCAGUGAAGGGAAUUUUGUAGUAGAGAUUACCUGUGGCAAAGCUAGCAAGGUUAUACAUAAGCAAGCUGGAGGAGGAAGCUUUAAAUCAAAGAAGAAAGUUGAGUUUAUCAUUACUUCAGAGAAUUUCAUCACUGUUAGCUUGUUGAAUAAUCAACAUUAUGAAGAUGAAGCUCUUUCGAGUGCUUUGUAUUCUUUGAAGGACUGUUUGAUAAGUGAGGAAGACCAUGUGAGAGUUGAACUCAUUCAGAAUGGUGAGGUCAUUGCAGAAGUCUUCCUCGAACUGAGAGUUUGAGAUCACAAAAAUGAUAGCUCUGAUGGAGAAAAAGAUACGGAGAUGCCAAUCAUAAAUUCAUAUGAUGCAAAUGAACACAAUAAAGAAUUCUUUGGUGCUCAUCUGAAUUACUCCGCAAUGCCUUCCUACUCUCAUGCAUCAUCAAUUCCAAUGAAGGGCCUAUACCAGGACCUCGGCGAAGAGCUCAUCGUGUCUGAGUUCAAGACUGUAUCAGACCAUCGCUCAGAUCGCAAAAGCUUCGAUUCAUCAGAAGAUGCAGAAUUUCAUGACCACUUCGAAAUCUCUCCAGAAAAAUGGCUAGAAGAUAACUCAAGCUCUAGAAAACUCUCUAACCCUGCGCCUCCUUCCUAUACCGUCCCCUACAACCCAUUCAGUUCACUAAAGUAAAGAAUUUCAACACCAGGAUCUCUCCUAAUUUGUACUAAAAAUACAUAAAA